AUGGAUAACGAUUUUGUUGAUAAAGUGUUCGCGACGCCACAAAGCAGCAAGAGUCUUAGGAAAAAAGUCGUAAGAACGCUAAAGGGUAAAUCGUCAGUAAAGAAGACGUACGCCGAACCAAUGAAAGUUUAUCUACGCGUGCGGCCAUUGUUUGAUUCGGAACUUGCUGCAGGCGAGUCGCAAGGAUGUUUAAAGCUCGAAAACGAUUCUUCGAUACUUGCCGAAGCGCCAAAAGAUUCAGCAACGUACAAAAAUCAAUCAAAAAGUGGAACGCAUUCAGUCCACCGCUUCGACUUUUCCUACGUGUUUCGCCCGGACACGAGUCAAAUGAAAUUUUUUAAAGAAACCACUUUGAAAAUGUUGAAAGAUUUCAUGUCCGGACAGAACUGUCUAAUAUUUAGCUAUGGUGUAACUAACUCUGGAAAGACACAUACUAUAUACGGCUCAAGCGAAGAUGUUGGAAUUCUCCCGCGAACGCUGAACGUCAUUUUUCAGAGCUUAAAAGAUAGGAUUCACACAAGAACAAAUCUUAAGCCCAAACUUUUUAAUGAUGUUAUCAACUUAACGAACGUUCAGGAAAGUAAAGAAGAAAGUAAAAAGAAUGAUGUUCUUCUUAUGAGUGAACGAUCGGGUUUUCCCAAUGAGAUCAAACGAAUCGCAAGCUUUUUGAGUAGCCCUCAUUUGAAAUAUCCCACUCAUGAAGAUACCUUCAUUGAUGUCAACUCUGAUCUGGAAAUCGGUGAAAGAGAUCAGUUUGCGUUAUGGAUUUCGUUCGCUGAGAUCUACAAUGAGCAAAUAUUGGAUUUAUUGGAGCUGUCCAACAUUAAAGAAAAGAAACGAACCGUUCUGAAACUGAGCGAUGAUAAGAAUGGACAACCCUAUAUCAAGGGCCUUAAGCAUAUUCUUGUUUGCACUCCAGAAGAAGCGUGCAAGGUUCUUAAAAUUGGUCAAAAAAAUCAAAUGAAUGCUUCAACUAAGAUGAACGCCAACUCUAGUCGAAGUCACUGCAUUUUUAACAUGAAGCUGGCGCGGUUGAAUGUAGACGAGAACGGAGAAACAAACAUUUUAAGAGUUAGCCAAUUGUCGUUUGUGGAUCUUGCUGGUUCUGAACGCUAUACAAAGACGGAAAAUUCUGGAGUGAGGUUAAAAGAAGCUGCAAACAUCAACACAUCUCUGAUGACGCUAGGGAAAUGUGUGGAAAUGUUAAAAUACAACCAAAGUCAUAGUAAUCCAAAGAACAUCCCUUUCCGAGAAAGUAAACUCACUCGUUUGUUUCAAGUAUUUUUUAAUGGCGAAGGCAAAGUGUCGAUGAUUGUGAAUGUCAGCCAGUGUGCGUCCUCCUUCGAUGAGACAUUUCAUUCGUUGAAAUUCUCUGCCAUUGCCAGAAAGGUGUCAACAAUUUGUCUUGAAUCAUCGUGUAUAGAUGAAACAUCCAGUCAUGAUACUCAGCAACUUUUGUCGAGUAUCAAAGCUCUUCAAGCGAGACUUGUAAAGGAGGCAAUGGAAAAGGCAAUGCUUGAACUAAGCAUAAGAAAAGAGGUUUCGGAAGAAAUGUCUGAACAGAUGGCUGAGCUUGAGAACAUGUACAGGGAUCUCAACAAGGCUGAAGUCGAAUCUCGAGAAGAAGUACUAAAAAAACGAAUUGAGAUUCUCACAAAUUCUGUGCGAAAAUCUCGAUUGAAGCAACAACGAGCCUCUGCUGUUGAGUUAUUCAGGGAUUCAAGAGAAGAAGUGGUUCCCAGUGUUCUUUAUCAUCGCGAACAGAUGAAGGUCAAGGUAAAAAAGAUUUAUUGUUCUGUAGAGAAUAGCAAUAAGGUUUUUGAUGAGGGUUUGGAUGAUCUGAAUGGGAAUAAAAACCUGGAUUAUCAAAACAGAUUAAUGAUGAUAUAUUUGUUGUACUGCAGAGUAGAUGAUCCUCGCUAG